CGCGGGCCGCCGUCCCGCUGGCUGAGGCCCCCCGCCACGAGGCCGAAGUCGUCGCGGCGGCGGUGGGCGAUCGCGGGCGGCUGAGACUUGCAGAUGGGUCAGGGGCUGUGGAGGGUGGCCAGAAACCAGCAGCUGCAGCAGGAAGAUUUCAGCGAACAAGGCUACCUCCCCAGAGAAGCGGGCCGGAGGAUGGCCCCCGGCCACCAUCGUAAGCAGGCCCCCGCGGGCAUCGACCUCCACCACCUCCUGAAGACGAGGAAGGCGAAAGAACAGGAGGGCUUCAUCAACCUGGAAAUGCUGCCUCCCGAGCUGAGCUUCACCAUCCUGUCGUACCUGAACGCAACUGACCUCUGCCUGGCCUCGUGCGUCUGGCAGGACCUGGCUAACGACGAGCUCCUCUGGCAAGGGUUGUGCAAAUCCACUUGGGGUCACUGUUCCAUAUACAAUAAGAACCCACCUCUAGGAUUUUCUUUCAGAAGAUUGUAUAUGCAGCUGGAUGAAGGCAGUCUCACCUUUAAUGCCAACCCAGAUGAGGGAGUGAACUACUUUAUGUCUAAGGGCAUCAUAGAUGAUUCACCAAAAGAAAUAGCCAAAUUCAUCUUCUGCACAAGAACACUAAAUUGGAAGAAGCUGAGGAUCUAUCUCGAUGAAAGGAGAGAUGUUUUGGAUGACCUUGUGACCUUGCACAACUUUAGGAACCAGUUCUUGCCAAAUGCACUGAGAGAGUUUUUCCGACACAUCCAUGCCCCCGAAGAGCGCGGCGAGUAUCUUGAGACUCUAAUAACAAAGUUCUCACACAGAUUCUGUGCUUGUAACCCUGAUUUGAUGAGAGAACUUGGCCUUAGUCCUGAUGCCGUCUACGUACUGUGCUACUCUUUGAUUCUGCUUUCCAUCGACCUCACUAGUCCUCACGUGAAGAAUAAAAUGUCCAAAAGAGAAUUUAUCCGAAAUACGCGACGGGCUGCUCAGAAUAUUAGUGAAGAUUUUGUAGGUCACCUUUAUGACAACAUCUACCUUAUUGGCCACGUGGCUGCAUAAAAGCACAAUUCUUAAGACUCUGACUUUCCCGGUGAAAACAACCGAAUUUUCCGAGGAAUGACUUCAUCGGUACUGGGGUUCCAUUAAGCGCUGGUCAUUCUAAGCCCCGUCUACAAUCGAGUAUAAGUAUACAGCCCUUCUCCAGUGAUUAUCCCAUGGGACCCUAAGGAUUUUUGCAGAAUUUUUUCCCUAAUUUUGCUGAUCAUGUUUUGCACAAAGCAGAGCCAUUAGCCUGACCCAAGCGUUUAAGAAUGUUAAACUGACAUUACACUCUAAAGCUGACAGGGUGGUGGAUUUGUGCAUUAGAUUGCUUGAAGACCUUAACCAAUACCAGUCUUUUUUUAAAAAAAAUACAUGUAAUGUGUACAUAUUUAACUAAAGAGAUUUAUAAUCAUAAUUAUUUUAUUGUAAAAUAUUUUAACUAAAGGUUUUCCUUUUUCUCUCUAAAAA